GCGGGGCAGGGGCUGGUGGAGGGUGAGUGGGACUGUUUCCCGCGCCCUGCUCCGCCUGGCGCCCCGGGGCUCGCCCUGCCUUGCCCUGCUCCGCCUGCCCGUUCGGUGCCGCUGGGCACGGACGUUCAGCCCCAGCUGCGGGAGCGCGGGGCUGCCCUGGGAGAGGCCUGCCGGACAGCACCCGGGCCGGUUUCGGGCGGUGGGUGACGGUGGGGCGGUGAGGGGAGACCUUUGGCGCCUCGCCCUGCCUUUCAGGGCCGGCGACCUCGGCCAUGCCGCCCGCCAAGGCUGGCGGGAAGGAGGCCCUGGUGCUGCAGUGUGAGUGGGAGGUGUGCACCUACGUGGCCUCGAAGAUGGAGGAGUUCUGCGAGCACGUCGCCCAGCACCUGCAGCGGCACGUUCCCGGGGAGCACCGGGAUGAGGUGGACCCUCUCGAGGAAUUCACGUGUUUGUGGCAGGAAUGUGGUUUCUGUUCCCCAGAGAGUUCAGCUGACCUCGUUCGCCAUGUCUAUUUCCACUGCUACCACACCAAGCUGAAGCAGUGGGGGCUGCGGGCCCUGCAGAGCCAGUCAGCUGUGAGCCAUUGCCAGCUGGACUUCCAGAGCCGCAAUAUCAUCCCUGAGAUCCAGGAGAACUUUCUGUGUCUAUGGGAUUACUGUGAGAGAUCAUUUGAUAAUCCUGAGUGGUUCUAUCGGCACGUGGAGGAUCACAGCUUCUGUUCGGAGUACAAGGCAGCAGGGAAGGAGAACCACGUGGUUCUCUGUGGCUGGAAAGACUGUGAUUGUACCUUCAAGGGACGCUGCAAACUGCGGGAGCAUUUGCGCAGCCACACACAGGAGAAGGUGGUGGCUUGUCCUACUUGUGGGGGGAUGUUCGCCAACAACACCAAGUUUUUUGACCAUAUCCGCCGUCAGACUGCGCUGGACCAGCAGAGGUUUCAGUGUUCUCACUGCUCAAAGAGGUUUGCCACAGAGCGGCUGCUCCGUGACCAUAUGAGGAACCAUGUGAACCAUUACAAGUGCCCUCUGUGUGACAUGACCUGCCCGCUGCCCUCCUCCCUGCGCAAUCACAUUCGUUUUCGGCACAGCGAGGAGCGGCCGUUCAAGUGUGACUACUGUGACUACAGCUGCAAGAAUCUCAUUGACUUGAGGAAACAUCUGGACACGCACAGCAAAGAGCCAGCCUAUCGCUGCGAGUUCGAGGCAUGCAGCUUCACUGCACGUUCCCUCUGCUCCAUCAAACUGCACUACCGGAAAGUCCAUGAGGGUGACUCAGAGCCCCGCUACAAGUGCCAUGUCUGCGACAAGUGCUUCACACGUGGAAACAACCUCACUGUUCACCUCAGGAAGAAACACCAAUUCAAAUGGCCCUCGGGGCAUCCUCGCUUCAGGUACAAGGAACAUGAGGAUGGCUACAUGAGGCUGCAGCUGGUGCGUUACGAGAGUGUGGAGCUGACAGAGCAGCUACUGAAGGACAGAGAGAAGCGGGGGGAGGCCCUGGAUAGCUCAACUGAGUGUGUGGUGCUGUCUGAGGGUGAGGGCAACCUGCAGGGCAUCGUUCUGGAGGCCCCAGCAGAGGCUCCCCUGGUGGAAAACAGUAUCGCUGAGCUGCAAGUGGCCCCGCUGUGCCCAGCCCCUUGCUCUGCUGACAACCCUGAGCCAGCACAGUCAAGUGCCUUCCCAGGAGCAGCGCAGUCAUCGGAGCAAGAACCCAGCACCGUGUCCAGUCCCAUCAUCCAUGUGGUGAACCGGACCAAUGAGCACGGGGAGAGUGAGACUGUGUACUAUGUCAUGGCCAGCACAUCCUCAGAGGAGCAGGUGGCAGCACCUGGUGGGCUGGCUGUGGAGCUGGAGGAGAAUGUCAUGGACCGUCUGCAGAAGACAGCUGAGGAGCUGGGCAUCCAGAUUGUGUGAGGUGCUCACCUGCCUCUCUGCAUGAGGAAAACUUGGGCCUCCAUGGGAUGUGCCAGUGGGGAAGGUUGGGAAGUGCAUGGGGAUGAGGGCUGAGCUUGUCUUCACCUACCUGCAGCUGGCUACCUUAUUCUCUGCUGCCCCAGUGUCACUGGCUGCCAGUUCUGGUCAGCAUGGGGAGGGGGGGGGAAGGACAGAUCUCUCUGUUGCGGGUCCAAGCUGGAAAGAGCUGUCUGCCUCCUGCUUUUGCGGAUUAGGGACUAGCAAGCCUCUCCCACCCUUCCAGAAGGUUUGGUCUUAGUGUGUCACAGGCCUUCCCCUCUUGGUCACUCAGUGGUGAUGUAGAACCUGCUGCUGUGCAGCUAAGUUGUUAGCCCUUGCUGAGCCUGGUCCUCAGCUAGGAUCUCCCCAAGCAGGGUGGUGUGCUGAGCAGAUGCCGCAGCUGAAGCCUCUUCCCUGGGGAGAUGUGUAGCCCUUAGCAGGCCUGUUCUUCCCCAUCCAUACUUUGUUCUCCGAGAGAUGGCAUGCUCUAUUCCUGCCUUCAUCAGCACUUCCCUGCACAUCAUCUUUCCUAGGUUUUUCAGCCGGUGCUGUUGGUGGUUGCUCCACUGAUCCCAUUACACUGCACUGUUCUCUGGGAGGUGAGUGCUAGAGGUGCUGUCACUUGCAGGCUACUGCUACCCUGCAGCGCUGGGGGAUUGGGAGCUUCUCACUGCUUUUGUCCUUCCUUGGGUUUCCUCCCCACAUUGGGUUUUGGGCUCCUGGCUGGGCUAAGUGUACUUUGGCAAGACAAAUAAACGUCAGACUGCUGGGCCA